UCAAUUUCGGUAUUAUUUUUAGAUAAUAUUUACAAACCAGAAACAGUGACUGAAUUGAGUUUUAUGGUGUUUGGAUACAAAAAAAUCAAGAAAUAUUAACCUAAACUCAAAGCACAAAAUGUGAUCAAUCAAAAUAUCUGUGUGCCCUACAGGUGUUUGCUCUUCGGAUUUUCCAUUAAAAUUUUGAUUGGAUACAAAAAUAUUCUAAAACUAUAAGAAAUAUUAAUAAAAUUAUACGAUUAACAGAAGUGACACACUGUUGGCCGUGCAGUGAGCACAGUGGUCCUUCUUCUACUUUCUUUUUUAUUGUGGCAGCACGUUUUCAUGUUUUAAAGGACUCUUCAUACACCAAGGGACGAACGUCAGUAAAAACCACUCAUACCGAACACGCGACAAUUAUAAGACAGGACACACGCAUCAUGCUAAAUGGAAAAUGUGGCCUAAAGCAAAACUCAACAUCCGUAACAGAAAUGGCCGUAAACAACUGUCAACUUGGAACUGCAUCACAUAAUCAUCAUCAUCAUCAACAUCAACAUAAUCAUCAUCAUCAUCAGGAGGAUAAAAUAUCAAUACGGUCGAUAAGCUCGGACGAUAUAUCGGGGGCGUUGGGUGGACGAUGUUGCAGUGCAGCAGCCAGGAAUCCAGCUAUAAAAACUGGACGUAGAAUACAACUUUUCCAGAUGAUAGUCCUGCCAUUUAUUCCGAUUUUGGCGUUGAUUGUUCAAACAUCGCUUAUCCUGCAGGACAUUUUAACUUAUCGCAGCGAGGUGUCGGAUAUUGAAACUCAGGUAACCAUUGCAACAGAUUUGGGGAAGGUGGUAACUCGGUUGCAAUUGGAACGUUCGGAAGUAGCAUUUUUUAUAUUUACCAAUGGCAGCACACUCAGAUCUAAUUUAACUCAACGUUUUGCCGUCACCGACCAAGCGUUAAAUAACAUGAGCACAUGGAGUGAAGUAAGCGUUCCAACAUCACCCGAUGACGAAGACUACGGUGUACUCCUCAAUCGCAGUGAAUUUCAAAAUAGGCUGAAUGAUUUUCGCAGGAAAAUAAGUUCCGAAGAAAGUUCGAUAUCUGAGGUGAUGAAUUGGUAUGCCGCCAUCAAUAAGGGAAUGCUCCAUCAUUUGUCAGAGCAAAUCAAGGAGACAGACAAUAGUGGAGUUUGGAGAUAUCUUGUGGGUUUCAAGAACCUCCUGAAAAGCAUUGAAUGUCAGGGCAUAGCAUCGUCCUUUGGCAUAAAAUACUUUGGUCGUGGCAUCCUGGGCACUGAGGCGUAUGUAUCUUACAUUCGUUACGAUUUCUUAGGCAAGGAACUGAUAAACUCCACCAUAAAUUAUGUCCCAUCCCUGAGACCAAUGUACACCAAUCUCUCCAAGAACAUGGGCGACUUCCAGCAGUUGAAGAAUUGGAGUUCAAUAAUUUUGAAAAACAUAAAGAUAGAGCCAAGAGUUGAUGAUGCCAUUGAUUAUUAUGAUUUGAUGUUGACUUACACCGAGGAACUGCGAGUCCUUCAAAGGGAAUUGAGAAAGAACAUCAAAGACUACGUGGAAAAUACUCUGGUCCAGGCGAGCAACAAGGAGGCGGUUGGAAUCGCCAUUCUGGUGGUGGUUCUUUUGGUGUCGCCAAUAAUCAUCAUACUUGUUCGGAAUGCUGCCGCGACUAUUCAAAUGUACGCAAUUCAUUUGGCACAAAAGGCCAAAGAACUGAAGCGGGAGAAACGCAAAAGUGACACUCUCUUGUUUCAGAUGCUGCCUCCAAGUGUAGCCAUGCAGUUAAAGCAGACUAGGCAGGUCCCAGCUGAGUCUUAUGAAGCUGCAACAAUUUACUUUAGUGAUAUCGUGGGUUUCACUGAAAUUGCCGCCGAAUGCACACCACUUGAGGUGGUGACAUUUUUAAACUCAAUUUAUAAGGUUUUCGAUGAACGAAUUGAGUGUUAUGAUGUUUACAAAGUGGAAACAAUUGGAGACUCUUACAUGGUUGCCUCGGGAUUGCCGGUUAAAAAUGAAAAUUCCAUUUUAGGUAACAAACAUAUAACCGAAAUCUCAACCAUGGCCUUGGAUUUGUUGGAUGCCUCUAGCUUUUUCAAAAUCCCACGCAGAAGUUCGGAAACUUUGCAAAUCCGCUGUGGAGUUCAUACCGGACCGGUGGUGGCUGGAAUUGUGGGGACGAAAAUGCCUCGUUACUGUUUAUUUGGGGAUACUGUGAAUACCGCAUCCCGCAUGGAAUCAACAGGCGAGGCACAUAAAAUCCACAUAACCGAGGAGAUGAAUGAUGCUCUGGUAAAAGUCGGAGGCUUUAAGACCGAACAUCGAGGAUUAAUAGAUGUUAAGGGUAAAGGACUAAUGAGCACUUACUGGCUGACGUGCAAGGACGGUCCAGUGGUGCAACGCGAAGAGAUCUCCUGGUAUGCCGACAUGCAGCCGGUAUUCCUGCAAAACCUCAAAUACGAUGGCUACAUGAAGAAGAUGUGAUUCCCAUCUCGUCGUCGGUGUCGCCACAAAAAGUCACUCUACUACAAUCUGUUUGUGAAAUUGUUGUCUAAUUCGGAACUUCUGAUGCCAACAAAUUAGAGGCCUAAUCACACAACACAACCCAAAAACUCUUAUUUAUUAAAGUAAUUGUAAUUAUUUAGAAAUUAAUGUUUUAAUAAAUGUACAACAAUAAUUAUUUACAUAUA